AUGUCUUUUUCAACAAAACGCAAAGUUGAUACAGAAUGCAGAUCUUUUCAAAAAAAGUGGAAACUGGAAUAUUUCUUUGCCGAUUUAAAUCGGAAACCUACUUGUUUGGUCUGUAGACAAGAAAUUUCAGUUGUCAAAGAAUAUAACAUUCGACGACAUUACCAAACCCACCAUGCUCAUGAAUACAAUAAUUUGAUGGGAAAAAUUAGAAAAGAGAAGUACGAUGCACUACUUGCAUGUUUGCGGAAUCAGCAAUCUUCUUUUUCCAAAUUUCGAGAUGAUAGUGAGGCAGCUGUCAAAGCUAGCUACGUUAUUUCUCGGGAAAUAGCGUUAGCAUCAAAACCUUAUUUUUAUAAAAACAUGUAUUAUGAAAGCUACUGA